AUGUCCGACUCGAAGAAACUGCACCUCACCGCGUUCAUGCGACCUGUGAGUCUCCAUACUGGAGCAUGGCGGUACCCUGGUUCUUUUCCCGAUGCCAACUUCAACCUGGGGCAUUUGAAGUCAUUCAUAACGAAACUGGAGGCUGCGAAAUUCGACGCAUUUUUCAUGGCUGACCAUUUAGCCGUCCUGAACAUGCCAGUCGAGGCUCUCAAGCGCAGUCACACAGUCACAUCCUUCGAGCCUUUCACGCUACUUUCUGCCCUUUCAGCAGUGACGGAGAAGAUCGGACUCGCGGCAACGGCAUCCACUACAUAUGAUGAGCCAUACCACAUUGCUCGUCGUUUCGCCUCGUUGGAUCAUCUAAGUAAUGGGCGAGCAGCCUGGAACAUUGUCACGACUGGCAAUCCGGAGUCAUCCAAGAAUUUUGGCCAGGACGAGCACAUGCAGCACGGCGACCGUUACAAGCGGGCCCGGGAGUUCUACGACGUCGUGACGGGACUGUGGGAUAGCUUCGCCGACGACGCCUUCGUCCGUGACCAAGAGAGCGGCAUCUAUGUCGACCCGGAGAAGAUACACACACUCAACCACAAGGGAGACGAACUGAGCGUCCGCGGGCCGUUGAACAUCGCUCGCCCGGUCCAAGGCUGGCCAGUGAUCGUCCAAGCCGGCCAGAGUGAGCCCGGGAGACAGCUCGCAGGGGAGACGGCAGAAGUUGUGUUCUGCUCCCCACAAGAUCUGGAGUCCGGGAAGGCACUGUACGCAGACAUCAAGGACCGCGCAGCAGCAGCAGGCAGGAGGCGCGAGCACAUUAAAAUCCUCCCGGCGGCGAUGAUCAUCGUCGGCGACACGGUCGAGGAAGCCAAGGCGAAAAGGCUCGAGCUUGACAGCCUGGUGCACUAUGACAGCGCCAUAGCGUCCCUGUCUAUCAUGCUGGGGACUGAUGCGUCGGGCUUCGACCCAGACGGCCCGCUACCGGAGGACCUGCCCGAGACCAACGCGAGCAAGACGGCGCGGGAGGGCGCGGUCAUGCUUGCGAAGGACGAGGGACUGACUGUCAGGCAGCUCGCGCAGCGAUUCGGCGGGUAUGCCGGGCUGGCCUUUGUAGGGACCCCGGAGAGUAUCGCCGACCAAAUGGGCCGCUGGCUAGCAGAGGAUGGAGCUGAUGGGUUCACUGUGACCUUUCCCUUCCUGCCGCAGGGUCUGGAUGACGUCGUCGAGAGGUUGGUGCCAGAACUUCAACGACGCGGGCUUUUCCGGCAGGAAUAUGAAGGGACAACGCUGCGCGAACAUCUUGGUCUUCCACGGCCAAAGAACCAGUUCUUUGAGAAGUCGUAG